CAUAAAUUUCCACUUCCUGUUCCAGGAAGCAUCAAGUAUCAAUUCUCAAUCAUUAGUGGACAUUCCGAAACAGACGCUGCUACGACACUGAUUCGUGUACUUUGCUGAUAUAUAAACAUGAAAAUUCCAACUUGAAAUGGGACAGAGAAAAAUAUUGCUUCCAUGGAGACUGAAAAUAAAAAGAGGGAAAGCACCAUGCUUGGACAUGGACAACCAUAUACAGGGGAGAUAAUUCCGACUUGUAAAAAGAUAAUAUACAAUUUAAACAGAUUGUUAAGGAACUGAAGGAUGGAAAGCAAAAAGAAAUCAGCUACAUUGCCUGCAGGGAUGGCACCACCGACUUCUUCUUCAGGAACACGUGUGAAAUCUCCACAGAAGCUGUCUUCCCAUUCCUUCAGUGGCGGCUUUCUGAGUAGACUAAAGCGCAGGUUUAGACUCAAAAGCAAAGGAUAUGAACUGCAACCUGGGAGCCACACUCCUGUCCAAGGAGUUCGGUUCCAGCAUUGCCCAGAAGACCAAACAGAUCAAUUACGAGAAGAAGUUGGUAGGAGGCCUGGUCCAGCAGAUGUAUUAAGAACUCACUCAGACAGACGCACUGAACGUCCCUCACAGUUCUGUGGUGGACAUAAAAAGGAUGAACGGAAAACAAGGUCUGACUUUCUUCAUGACCCCAAUAGUGCUGUACAAAGAAACUGUUUAGAUACAGAUUUGAAUAUACCAAAUGAGUAUGUGGCCUCUGACACAAAUGUAAUUGACCUUGAAAAUGAUGGUGGAUGCAUUGAAGGUGAUGUCUUUGAUGAUAUGGACCCUGGAUAUGAGACUCUGGAUGAAAUACGUAGGAAAAUGCAAAUUCAGUUUAAUCAGCCUCAGAAAAUGAAUGGUAGUGCUUGCCUCCCUGAAACAGACUUUUUAUCUCAAAGACCUAAAGGUUCCCAGCACCGACGGUCACAGUCCACUGGUCACCCUCAAAUAUCACACCCUAGCGAAUUUGGAACAAUGCUGGACAGUGGCCUUGGAAGUCCACUAGUGUCGGACACUUCUUCCAAUAUGAGAACAUCAGAUAUAGUGACAUGCAAAUCUCUUUCUGUUGUUAGUGAUACAGAUAUCAGUGCUUAUCAGAGUGUCAGUUCCAUAGGAUACACCCACAAAGACAAUUUCCUUAAUCCCUCAAACUUACCAUCCAUGAGGAUGAACAGUUGUCCAGGUAAAACUUAUGAUUUAAGUCCUGGGAAGUCCCAAGAUUUGCUCUGUCCAGGAGGGUCGGACAUGAUCUAUAACUCCGACACAUACUUACCAGAUCAUGAAGUCAGUGAACUUUAUGCCAAUCCAAAAAUUUUGAUGCGGAAGAAAACUCAAAGAGAGGAAAAUGAAGCAAAACUGAGGUUAUCUGGACAAGUUUCUAAUAGAACUUCAAGUAAUGAUUCUGAUGAAGGGAAUACUAGUUUUGAUACAGACGGUAAAAGAUCAAGUACUGGGGAUUCUAAAAUAGAAGGGUCAGAACAAGAAGAUGAAUCUGUACCCCCUAUUCCUGAGCGUAAAUAUAGUUUAUACUUAAAUCAACAAAAUAAAAGACAAAAUUCACAGGAAAAACAUGUCAAUACAAUUUCUGAGGACUCCAAUUAUAGUUCUAGUGCCGUGGACUUCCAUUUGGAUAAAUCUACAUGUGCCAUGGCAGAAAACAGUAUUUUUUCUGACCAAAGGUGUCUCACAGAUAGCGCCAUAACAGAUUCUGUAUCUUCCCGAAUCUUGAAUCAGUCGGCUGACAUCUUCGGCCAAGAUUCUGGUUUCUGGUUAUCGGAAGAAGAGGAUCUUUUGCGGUCAUGUGAUAACAGUGUACAUGUUGACAGGACAGAUCUUCAUUGUCACGGACAAUCUAAACCGUCACCAGUGAUUCGGUUUGAGAAGGAUGAACGAGUGAUUCUCACUGGAGAUGUUAGGACAAUAGCACAGGAAAGUGUAAAGCCAAUGUCUGAGGGUGAAAACAUAGGAUUAGAAUCCCAGAAAAAAGGGGAGGUUAUUCAUCAUCAAACAGAACACAUGUUGCAAAGCCAAGGGGAAGUAAAUAAUGACUUAUAUCAGAACCCCUGGGAUGUUGUGAGUGAUUCUAAUAAACAACGGAGGAAGGUAACAAGUGCCAUUUUAAAACAUUCAGAAGACACAGAUCUUGCAUCAGACAAUGUUCCUGAAGAAAUAACUUCUCACAUGGAUAAAAAAGAGAAGUUCGAUCAAAAUAGCAGCCAAAUUGAGGAUAAGCUUCUUCAGAAAAGAAACUCAACUGGUUCUAGAAUUUCUUAUAAAGAAAUGACAGUUUGUCAGAGUGCUAGUCGUGAAAAGCUUGCUUCAGAGAAAAUAACAGAACAAAUAUUUGUAUCGUCGGAUCUUGUGUCUUCAAUACCGUCUUCUAGUAGUGUUGAUUCAUCAGAAAACUACUGGAGUCAGCAAAGAAACAGUCAGUAUAGAAACAGUGGAGGGGAACAUAGAAAUAGCAGAGGGGAGCAUAGAAACAGUGGAGGGGAGCAUAGAAACAGUGGAGGGGAGCAUAGAAACAGUGGAGGGGAACAUAGAAAUAGCAGAGGGGAACAUAGAAAUAGCAGAGGGGAGCAUAGAAACAGUGGAGGGGAGCAUAGAAACAGUGGAGGGGAGUGUAGAAAAAGUGGAGGGGAGCAUAGAAACAGUGGAGGGGAGUGUAGAAAAAGUGGAGGGGAGUGUAGAAAUAGUGAAAGGGAGCAUAGAAACAGUGAAGGGGAGCAUAGAAGGGAGCAUAGAAACAGUGAAGAAAACAUAUAUAAUGAAAGUGUUGAAAUGGACAUACAAAAUACAGUGCUGGAUGUAAAAAAUCAAAAACAAUCUUGGUCACAUAUCGCUAAUAAUAACCUGCCAAAUAACGAUAGCACUAUGAGUGAACAAAAGGUUAAAAGACUCUCAAACGAAAAUUCUUCUCAGAUAGCUAUCAAAGGUAAAGGUUGCCCAGAGCUUUUUACAUUGCCUUGUCCAAAGUUGUCACUCGAUCUAGAAAAUAGUAGUAUUAAUCUAUCGCCUUGUGAGAAGGACUUUGAGUCAAGUCUAGAGGGCAGCACUGAGCCUUCCAUAGACAGUCUAGGUGGCAGCACUGAUUGUUUGAGUGAUAAAUCUGGGGAACCACAUGUUGUGUCAUAUGAAGAUGAUGCUGAUGCCGUACUUGAAAACAUGGCGGUUCAGAGCGAUUCAUUUGCAGAUGAGAUGGCUGUGUCAAUAGCAGGAGGUGUAAGUGUUCAUUGCAAUUCAGAAUCAAACAAUCAAAUUACAGAGGGCAUUCUAAGUAUUGACAUUUCACAGGAUUAUGACCUGCCAUCAGACAUAUCAGAAACUAUUAAGACAGAUUCAGCUGAACAGGAAACAGAAUCCAUAUCAGAUCCAAGUGAUGAUAGAGUGUCGUCGGCAUCCACACUGAGUCCCUCUGCUCGUCUUCCUGAUUAUUACUACCAGGACACGGAGCCAGUUCACAUGUCUCUCUCUGAACUAGGCAUGUCUGAUGAGCAGUGGGUUGAACCAGAGCCCAUUCACAUGAGUGUAAAUGAACUAAAAAGAUCAAAAUCUCACUACGAGGGUGAACGUGAACGACGAUCUCAUUUCCAUACUCCUUCACCGUCGCUCUGGCAGUCUCCACCACAAAACGACGCAACAGAAUUACGGAGCUCACCUUCAACGCGAGACCACUCAAUUCUUCCUUCAACACAGUGUAGUAAUGUUUAUGAAACAGUUGAUGAUGAUGAUCAGCAGGAUCUGGACACAAAUUUUCGCCAUCCUGGACAUCCGGUAAUGCACCCUGCCUACAUAGGUAAUCGUGGAGCGCGACAACGCAGACCGUACUCCGUGGAAGUGUCAGCAUUACAAACAAGAAGAGAUGAAGAUUUUAUGAGACGUCUUGACUCGCGACCUCCUGCCAUCAUCCCAAGGACAAACCCAGAAGAAGCAAGCCAAAGAGACUUCAUGGAAAGCAUGCGCCAACUUAAAGAUUGCGGUUGGUACUGGGGACCUCUUAGCUGGGACGAAGCAGAAAUCAAACUGAUGAACAAACCAGAUGGCUCCUUCCUGGUGCGGGACAGUUCCGAUGACCGCUACAUUCUCAGUCUCUCGUUCAACAUGCAAGGUCGAGUCCAUCACACGCGUAUUGAACAUCACAAAGGGAAGUUCAGCUUUUGGUCCCAACCUGAUUCUCAUGGGAAAGCGACCAUCCGUGAAUUCAUCGAACAGUGUGUGAAGAACUCCCGUAAUGGCCAGUUUUUGUAUUUUAUCCGCCCAUCUGGCCCCGGCUCGCCUCCCAUGCCAGUACAUUUGCUGCAUCCCGUCUCGCGUUACAAACAGAUGCAGUCACUUCAACAUAUGUGUCGAUUUCAAAUCCUACAGAAAGUUCGUCGUGAUCACAUAGACACACUGCCCAUCCCUACACAGAUUAAAAACUAUCUCAAAGACCCACAGUAUUAUGUGGAGUACCUUGAGGAAGAUUAGCAAUCAAAGAUGACUGACACUCCAUACCUGGAGAAAUUUCAACGUUAUUCUCACUGAAAGAAAAUGAUAGGAUGAUUUGUAUGGCUUUCAGAGUUUAUUCUGCUGUUUUUCUGUACUGAAAAAUGGUUAUCUCUAAACUCUGAUGUCAAAAAAGUAUAAACGGAAAUCAAAUCAUGCUUAAACAAAAUGUCAGGACAUGUAUUUUGAUGAAAAGUUAUUGGCAGAGAAAUGGUUAUAAAUAACCUCCCAGACCAUUUAUUUUCAAGAUGAAAAAAAGGAAAUGUACCAUUGAAAAUAUACAGUCAAACCUGUGAUAUGUGACUUUCCAAGGGAGGCAAUAAAAAGGUUACAUGUGACAGGUGGUAUCUUAGUCCAGAUUCUGGUAAUAAUUUAAGUAAUAUCUUUGAGAGGGAAAAAUAAGGUUACAUGUGAGAGGGAGUCUUUUAAUUCAGGUGGUCGCUAAUUAGGUAGGUUUGACUGUGACUGUUCACAAAAUAACCUCAUUUUAUGAACAGGUACAUUUUCAAUUUUUGAUUUUUUACAAAAAUGUGGGUAACAGAUUAAAUGUGUGAUAUUUUGAAGUUGGUGGUGUUCAGAUUUAAAUGAUUUGCUCUGUAGUCAUUGUAAUCUUGAGUUAAUGUCAAAUUACAUUAUAGUAUUAGAAGUCUAAAAGCCAAACUUUACCAAAGCCCGAUAUGUGUGUGUGGAACCAAUUCCGAAAAGAAAGAACACCGAAAGUCGUUAAAUGUCACAAGUCAUAUUUAUGUUGAUAACGUACCCAGAAGGAAAUGUUUCCUCAUGAUAAUGAUCAUCAUCAUCAUCUGUUUCAGUUUUUCAUUGUUUUGAAUAUUAUAUAUUUUUUAUGUAUAAAUAAAACUUCUCACUGCUGUUAGAGUAACUUACCAGGGCAGUAUAAGUGUUUGAGUGCAUGAAUAUCAUUUUGGAGUUGUACUUAAUUGAAUGUUAUAGUAUUGUGAUGAAGUUUAAAUGUGAUGUACCCAUGUUGCUUAAUAUGUUACUCUGGCUGAAGACUUAAGUCAAUAGGCUGACGGGCAAAGGAAUAAGAGCUUCCUUCAUUUGAGGGUGGUCCAUUUGAGUACAGAUGUUUUCUACGAACAACAAUAUUUUUUACAUAUCUAUUGGGGCAAUAGGAAUGAUGAGCAAACACUCCCAUGCCCAUUCUCUUCACAUUUAAUUACAUUUCUGUAAGUCUUAUUAGUUGUUUGAGAAAGUAUGAUUUUAAACAAAAUACGAUGUUAAACAAUAUCGAAUCUCAGAACUUAAUCUCAGUAAUAUAACAUUAUUUAUUUAAAACAUUAAAAGCCAAAUGUAGCCAAUAGUCUUGUGUAUAUCAUUCAAAGCUCUCUUCAUUCAGAUAUCGUUCAGUAUUCAAUUGUUAGAUAAAAUGCAUAAAAUGCAAGGAUUAACAAUGCUUCAUAUUUUACAUUUAGUACAUCUUUGAAAUUUAUGUUCAUUUGUUUAUGCUAUAGCUAUUAGUAUCUUAAAUAUAAUGUAUUAUCCCAAAAUGUCAUACAAAACGAUAUCAAAUCAGUUUAUUAAAAAAGUGUGUACUGCCAUUCCAAAAUAUAAAUAUAUUUUUUUGUAUUUGCUCAUUUUUGUUAAAUUUUGUUUUCCUAUUAUUUCAUCAUUUAUCCAAAUCAGUAUUAAGGUUUUAUGUUGUGUCAUUAUAUUUUUGUUAUUUUCAUUAUUUUUAAUUUUGUUUGAUUUGUGUUAAUUCAUAAUAAUAAUAUACGACACAGCUAACUUCAUUUAGGGCAAUUUUGACUCCAAAGAGAUAUCACACACUUUAACUAGACUGGACAAAGAGGCAUCAUCAUACACUUUAACUAGACUGGACAAAGAUACAUCACCAUACACUUUAACUAGACUGGACAAGGAGACAUCAUCAUACACUUUAACUAGACUGGACAAAGAGACAUCAUCACACACUUUAACUAGACUAGACAAAGAGACGUAACCAUCA